AUGUUCGUCAACCUCAUUGCCUCGCUCAUGACCGUGACCCUGGCCACCGGCGCUCUUGCGGCUCCCGUGGACAACAAUCCUGGAGUUGCAGCUCGCGGGAGUGUUUCCAGCGUUUCUACUAGCAGCGUCUCCAGCGUCUCCAGCGUCUCCUCAAGCUUCGACUCCUGGGGAGGCAUCAGUUCCCUUGCCGGCUUUGACAAAUUCUACGGCAUAGAUGACUUUGCCCACUUCAAGCACUUUUCCCCCGUCGUCGUGCGCCAAUCGACGAGCGAGCUCGUAUGCCACUCGCAAAAGGUGGAGAUCGUGCAGCAGCGCCUGGCCGUGCUCCAAGAGCUCGCGAAGCGCAUCGUGACAGAGCAGUUCUGCGAGGUCGAGACGCAGACGAUCGUGUUCGCGCAGUACCACGCCACGCUCGGCGGCUUUUUCGACGACCUGCGCCGGACCAGCACCCACCCUGUCGGCUUUGACGCGGCAAUCGCGGCACACUUCGGCAGCAUUCAAGCCGAGGACGGCACGCUCACGACACACGACCUCAACUUCACCGGCGCGGACAUCGGUGCGAGCUACCAGGUUCCUACGAGCAACUGGGACGAGAAAACCUCGUACAGCACCGUGAACAAAGCCUAUCGGGCCGCCCGUAUUGCGGCGCUGUCGUAA